AUGCGUGAGAGUCUUCGUCGUCUUGCAUCAGAAGAUAUUCCUCCGAGGGGCAGGGUCCGGGUGGAACUGCUGACGGGAGAACAUAUUACUAUUGACCUGGAUAGGAAAGCCCUCGGAGGAGAUCUUUUGGACCUGGUCUGCGAAUCUUUGGAUGUGAUUGAGAAAGACUACUUCGGUCUGCUUCACGCACAAGGCGAGCCCAGAGUGUGGGUACAUCUUGGAAGACGACUCAGCAAGACAUUCAAAAAUGAGCCGUGGGAUGUUCGGUUUGCUGUGAAGUUCUAUCCUUUGGAGCCAUCAUCUCUCAAAGAUGACAUGACGCGAUACCAACUGACACUAGCGUUGAGACGAGACCUCAUGGAAGGACGUCUAACCUGUUCGACGAUCACGUACGCACUGCUCGCGUCCUACGUCCUACAGGCGGAGGAGGGGGACAGGUCCGCGGGGGAGGGGGGAGGGGGGCGACUUGUGACGUCACACAGGGCCGUGCCUCUACACGUGUUGGACGAAGACAUGGAGAUGAGAGUCGAUGAGUUAUAUAGGAAACACAAAGGUCAAACGCCAGCGGAGGCUGAACUGAACUAUCUUGAGAACGCCAAGAAGCUGGCGUUGUAUGGAGCUGAGAUGCAUUCAGUGAAGGAUUGUGAUGAUGUGGAACUGUCACUAGCUGUUUGUGGGCGAGGAAUAGCUGUGGUUAGAGAUGGGACGAUCAUGAACCGCUUCCCCUGGCCCAAGAUAUUGAAGUUAAGUUACAACAAGCGCGUGUUCAUGAUCCGUCUCCGGGCCGCUGAGUCGGAGCAGUGUGAGUGUGAGGUCAGCUUCAGACUGGCGUGUUCCAAGGACAGUGAGAGGCUGUGGACCAGCGCUGUGGAGCAUCACGUGUUCUUCAGACGUGAGAGUCCGGUUAAAGUGGAGCGUGUAUCCGGGUUCCCGGUGCUCGGUUCCCGGCGACUGUCUUGUCGACGGACGCUGCGACAAAUGCGCGACACAACUGUCGCACGACCGGGCUUCGACAUGCGAGGUAUACUCUCCCUGUUCAUGUCACAGCUCGCCAUGUUCAUGACGGCUGCUCAAAGCCUCCAGAACGGAACCAACAUCGUGGACUUCCUCGGCCGAGCGAUACAGAAAGAGGUGCAGGCUGUCAAACAACCGAUUGAUGAGAGCAUAGCAUUCGUUGGAUCUUCACAAUGUAAAAACGUCAAGAAACUCCUCGGUGUGUCCUACGAACAGCUCCAGGAGACUGAACCAGAUCUCAACGGACUGACCAUUGUUUACAGAUCUAAGUUGAUAACAGCCAUCAUAAACAUGACGUACGUGGUGGAGGCGCUCCAGAGUCGCUCGUCAGAGGGCGCGCAGGAGCUGGUGUUAUUUGCACACGGCUUCACAGAUGACCCCAGCAAGGACAGCUUCGGGAACAUCAGCGAGGCUUACCUGGGUAACGGUCACUCGCGAGUGGUCGCCCUGGACGGCAGCUCCCUCAUCCGAUGGCUGUACCUGCGUGCAUCUACGUACGUCCGAUUCAUAGGGGAGAGAAUCGGUCACGUACUAGCUGCGAUGGUCCAACAUGGCCAGGAUCCUAAGAAAAUUCACUUGGUAGGUCACAGUCUUGGGGCCCAUAUCGCCGGGUUCAUCGGUAAAACCUUCUACAACUUGACCGGGACCCGCAUCGGACGGAUAACCGGUCUGGACCCAGCCGGGCCUUGCUUCACACACGUAGACCCGGACUUGAGACUUAAAGAUUCUGAUGCAAUCUUCGUGGACGCCAUACACAGCGAUUCAGGAGUAUACGGAAUUAAGGAGGCUGUCGGUCAUGCAGAUUACUACCCCAAUGGCGGCUCCCAGCAGCCGUCUUGCGUAUUCCAAACCUGUUCCCAUUCAUUCGCCUGGAGAAUAUACGGAGCGUCAGUCACGAGGCCGAGGGCGUUCCCAGCGGUUAAAUGUAACAGUUGGGAGGAGUUCAAGAAAGGAAGAUGUGGAAAAGAGAUCAGUUACAUGGGCUUCGCAGCGGAGCCGACUGCCAGGGGUAAGUUCUACUUGCAGACCAGCGGCGACUACCCCUUCACCCUCGGAGAAGAAGGAUUGAAGUAUAAGAAUAACGAGGGGAUCGUGAAGAACAUACAAGAUACGCUGUUUGGAUAG